UCUCUCGCUCUGCUUCCCUUGCUGAGCUAAGGGUACGGUCAGUUACUUUCUGCAAUGACCACCCUUUACAUGCCCUUAUUCAGAUCAUGCACCAACCUUAGAUCAUUAACUCAACUCCAUGCCUACCUUUUAGUCGCCGGGCUUCACCGUGACCCACUCCCUUCCACCAAGCUCAUUGAAUCUUAUGCCCAAAUGGGUUCCUUUCGAUCUUCAAAACUUGUUUUCAAAAACUUCCCAAACCCAGAUUCUUUCAUGUGGGGUGUUCUGAUAAAAUGCUCUGUUUGGAACAACUUAUUUCAAGAAGCCAUUUUUCUCUACGAAACUAUGAUGAAAAACAACCAAGCCCAGAUCAGUAGUUUUAUAUUUCCUUCUGUUUUGAGGGCAUGUUCUGGUUUUGGUGACCUGGGCACUGGUGGAAUGGUCCAUGGGACCGUAAUAAAAUAUGGGCUUGAUGAAGAUUCUGUAAUUCAGACUUCACUUCUUUGCAUGUAUGGUGAUAUGGGGUGCUUAAGUUGUGCUAAGAAAAUGUUUGAUGAAAUGCCAAUUAGAGACUUGGUUUCGUGGAGUUCGAUUAUUUUGAGCUAUGUCGAGAAUGGGGAGGCAAGUGAAGGAUUGGAGAUGUUUCGUUUAAUGGUCUUGGAAGGUAUUAAACCGGACUGGGUAACAAUGCUUAGUGUAGCUGAGGCUUGUGGUGAGUUGGGACUUUUGAAAUUAGCAAGGUUGGUGCAUGGUUAUAUAGUAAACAGGAAGAUUGAAAGUGACGGUUCAUUGGCUAACUCUCUUGUUACAAUGUAUAGCAAAUGUGGUGACCUGGGUAGUGCACAGAGGAUCUUUCUAAAUGUAACUAACAGGAGUACUACAUUGUGGACAGCAAUGAUUUCUAGCUAUAAUAGAAGUGGUAGGUUUAUAGACGGGAUAGAAGUUUUUGUUGAUAUGUUAGACGCUCGUGUGGAACCCAAUGCAGUAACCAUGAUGACUGUUUUAGGUUGUUAUGCUGGGUUAGGUUGGCUUAGAGAAGGGAAGUUGGUUCAUUGUUACAUUAUCAGGAAAGAAAUGGAUCCUGAGUAUAGUGUUUUAGGGCCAGCUCUCAUUGAACUAUAUGCAGAAUGUGGAAAGUUGAACUAUAGUGAGAAGGUUCUUCACGGUGUUGCGGGAAGAAAUAUUGUGCCAUGGAAUAUGCUUAUAUCUAUUUAUAGUCAGAAAGGGUUGUUAACAGAGGCAUUAGUACUGUUUGUGCAGAUGCAGACCAGGGGAUUGAUGCCUGACUCGUUUAGCCUUGCCAGUUCUCUCUCAGCUUGUGCAGAUGGAAGUUUAUUGCAAUUUGGAGAUCAGAUACAUGGUCAUAUUAUUACGAGAGGCCUCUCAGAUAAGUUUGUCCAGAAUUCACUAAUUGAUAUGUACUCAAAAUGCGGUUUAACUGAAUUAGCAUAUAUGAUAUUUGAUAAGAUCAAAGAGAAAAGUGUCAUAGCAUGGAACUCAAUGAUUUGUGGAUUUUCUCAAAAUGGUAAUUCAGUAGAGGCAAUUAGCCUCUUUGAUCAAAUGUACUUGAACGGUCUUGAGAUGAAUGAUGUCACCUUCUUAAGUGUACUUCAAGCAUGCUCCAAUUUGGGUUAUCUUGAGAAGGGAAAAUGGCUUCACCACAAACUCCUUACAUACGGUGUGAGGACAAAUCUCUAUAUUGAUACAGCUUUAACUGACAUGUAUGCUAAGUGUGGAGACCUUCGAACAGCCCAAAGAGUUUUUGAUAACAUGUCAAAUAAAAGUGUGGUGUCAUGGAGUGUCAUGAUUGCUGGAUAUGGAGCACAUGGUAGGGUAAAUGCUGCCAUCUCGCUCUUCAAUCAAAUGGUAGAAUCAAGUGUAAGACCUAAUCAUGUUACCUUCAUGAACAUUCUUUCAGCUUGUAGUCAUGCAGGAUCCAUGGAAGAUGGAAAAUCUUAUUUUAACUCGAUGAGGGAUUUCGGUGUUGAGCCUAACUCAGAACACUAUGCGUGUAUGGUUGACCUUCUAAGUCGUGGUGGUGAUCUCAAUGAAGCGUAUAGAAUCAUCAAUUCGAUGUCAUUUCCUGCAGAUGCAAGCAUUUGGAGUGCCCUGCUUAAUGGUUGUCGGAUCCACCACAGGAUGGACAUGAUCAAAACCAUUGAAAAAGACCUUUUAGAUAUUAAUACAGAUGAUACUGGAUACUACACCUUGUUAUCAAACAUAUAUGGUGAGGAAGGAAACUGGAAGGAAUUUGGGAAAGUGAGAUCAGCUAUGAAAGGCAUAGGUCUUAGGAAGGUUCCUGGCUAUAGCACAAUUGAGCUUGAUAAGAGAGUUUACAGAUUUAGUGUUGGAGAUACUUCACUUCUGCAGACUGAGGAAAGUCUCAGUUUUUUGGAAAAUUUCCAAAAUUUGGCUCAAGAAUAUGUUUGCAAUUUAGAAAACAGUAAUCUGAAGCUUGACAGUGUCAUGAUUUCCAAGGGUAUUUACUCACAACAAGAAGUUAGCAAUUGUACUUGGAAUAAUCAAAUAACAGUUGAUAACUACACAAGUCAUCUCAUAGAUCUUUGCAUUCUUUAAUAAA